CGAAGACGAAAGUUAUUCAUGCUAGAGAUACGGGUUGUAUUGACGGAUUCGCUCUCAAGAUAAAAAGUUUCUUAAUCCUAUCCUAACAAUAAACCAUGGCCACAGUACUGAGUAGCUGUUGUAGGGCUAAAUACAUAUAAUUACUCAUACAAUCAUCGCCUUCCAGUGAAGUGUGUUGUUUCCUAACAGUGGACUGUAAAGUUCCAGUUAUGUUCACUUAUUUAGGAAUUAUAAUAAUAUUUUCCACGUUCGGGCAUGCCUAUGCAGAUACUACAGUAUUUAAUAUAGACAGCGUUAUAAAAAAUCAAAUACCUAAAUGUGGAAACGAUAUAAUCGUACGGGAGGGUUAUACAAUGAAAUUGACUUUUCAAUCUCCGAGUCGUUAUGUUAAUUUGGCAUUUUGUAAUAAUGUAUCAACAAAAAGCUUAAAUACGAAACUAAACAUCUUAAAUGGACAAACAAUCACAUUUGAUAUUGUUGGCAGCGAGGAGUAUGAAGGGUUAUGGAACUGCUCAUUUUUGACUCACAUUGGUCAUUACGUACGCGACAGUGUCACUUACGAUGGGGGAUAUUAUGCCCCUUACGCAAACUGCUCCUUAAUGGUCAGAAUACAACGAGACGUUACUCUAACCGUAUCCAGUACCACGACCACAAAUUUGGUGGCAGCCAAAGCGACUGAUAUAGGUUACUACAGAUUCAUAGAAGGCAACAAAAUUACUUUUGAAUGCAAAAAAGGUCACACGAACGGAGAAUUUUGGCAAACAGGAUAUUUGGUUUUGAAAUUUUGUUGGAAAGACCAAAGUUGUGCAAAUCUAAAAACAAAGUCAACUUUGGUGCGAGAUACCAUGGAACUAAACAGUACUUUCGACGGAAGUAUAUUACGCUGCAUUUAUAACAACUCGGUCGGCUACCAAACUGAUGCUGCAAUAUUAUUACAAAUAAAGGCCCAAUCGCGUCCAGAGAUCAUAGUGGAAGGUCUUGCAAUCAGAGAACCGAGGUCAUCGGAAAGUAAACAUACCUUUGAUGGAACAGUAAACCAAACUUUGGAAUUGGUCUGCACAAAUAAAGAAAACUGGGGCAACAUUCACUGGGAAUUUUGCGAUGGAUCUGGUCUCAAUUGCAAGUCACAAACACUCGCAGCUGAUAAAACAUUAAAAAUAAACUUCACUCUAUCGGCGGAUAACAAAAAUACCACAGUAAAAUGUGUUCACACCUUCAAUGCUCUUAGAGAGGAGACUCCCGUAUUUUUGUAUGCAAAUGAGCCACCAGUUCUUACAACAAAAAAUGACAUGAUUUUGAAUUACAACAGAGGCACAGACACAUACGUCAUAGAGCGAGAAGAUGAGGAAACGAUAAGAAUCAAAUGCAAAAGUCGAGAAAACUCUGGCUCAUUGUCCUGGAGAGAUUGCAACAAUGCUGCACAGAAAUCAUGCACCAAAACUCAGGAUAUUUAUAACAGAUCAAUAGAAAAAGUAAUACCAUGGAAUUCUGAAAAAAACGAGGUAUUUUUCUAUUGCGUAUACAAGAAUAGCCGCAACUAUGAAGUUUCUUCCAAAGUAAAUAUUGUUGUACAUCCCAGCAUGUCUACCCGAUGCAAAUCUUCAACAAUAUUGAACAUUAAAAAUGAUGGCGAUGAAGCGUCUGGUUUCACAAAUGGCCAAACACUGUGCUUUAGUUGCUACGACACAAACAUUAAUGCAGAAAAAUGUAUUAUUAAACUUAUCACUGCUGGACAAGAUGAUGUUGAAGUACCGGUGGUGAAAGAAAAUGAAAAAAUCAACAACCGAAAUAUUUAUUCUGGAUGUUUGGAAAUGAACUUUACGAGCACAGAUGUAGAAGUUAAAUGCCUAAUAUUUAGAAACGCCAGUGACGAAAAACCCAGUAGGAGUAACUUUCUGAGAUUGACAAGGAAGAACCUUGACUUUGAACCCGAGGGAAAUCCUGAUCUAAGCAAUACAAUUUUAGGUCAAUCUUCAACAAUAUUUAAAAUUAAAAAAAAUGGCGAUGAAGCGUCUGGUUUCACAAAUGGCCAAACACUGUGCUUUAGUUGCUACGACACAAUCAUUGAUGCAGAAAAAUGUAUUAUUAAACUUAUCACUGCUGGACAAGAUGAUGUUGAAGUACCGGUGAAACAAAAUGGAAAAAUCAACAACCAAAAUAGUUAUUCUGGAUGUUUGGAAAUGAACUUUACGAGCACAGAUGUAGAAGUUAAAUGCCUAAUAUUUAGAAAAGCCAAUGACGAAAGACCCAGUACGAGUAACCUUCUGAGAUUGACAAGGAAGAACCCUGACUUUGAACCCGAGGGAAAUCCUGAUCUAAACAAUACAAUUUUAGGUACCUACCCUACAUACUCGUAUUUUUGAAGAAAUAAGGCUGCUUUUUAAUAUCUACAAUGUUUGUUUUAUUCAUAGACUGAUUUCUGCUCGAUUAACC